CAAUGUCAAUGCGAGCCCUCUAUUCAAUAGUCAGUCGGUGUCGAAGUCGAGCAGUGCGGUGCAGUGUCAUACGGAUUACCAGAUAUCCCAUCUUAAAGGACUAAAUCAUUAUCGAAAUGGCCGCCAACCAGAAAAUUGUUUUAGCUUUUGUGUGCCUUUUUGUGGCCUGUGAUUUGGCGAUGGCCCAGCAGCAGGCCUCCAACAGCUCGGAUGCGGAUUCGGAUGUGGCUGAGAGUCGUACCUUUGGCCACCACUUCCUGCGUCGCAUCAGCUUUGCCCUGGUCCCCGGCGCCUUUGUCGUGGGCGUGAUCACCACUCUUCUGGCAGCCUUGACAGUGGUCUCCAUCAAGGGUCUGGGUGUCGGCGUGAUCUUACUGAUUCUGGCCAUCGGGCAGAUGCUGUCCCGCGCUCUUCCCGUCCAGGCAGCUGCCGCUUAUGCCGCAGCCCCCGUGGCAGCACCAGUACCCGUGGUCUAUUCCCACUCCCACACCCAGCAGCCCGUCUGGCUGGAAAAGGAGUGGUAGAAAGGAUAUCUCCCGAUCGGAAGAGAAGUCCAAUCCGAGCGAGCUGGUAGCAGGCCAGGAUUCAAAGUUACCUCAGCCUCAGCGAGCAUGCAACCAAAUAAUAAUUUAAGUCUAGUUUAAAUUAUUUAUUUAAAUUAUUUAUUUAUUACAAGUAAAUUAUGGCAAAAAAAGAAUCAGAAGCAGAGAAUUUCCUUGAUGUCAUCCAUAUUCAUCUAGGAAAUUAGUCAGCUCAAAAAAAUGAAAA